AUGUUUAUUAUUCUUUUAUUCAUAUCAAUUUCACUUGGUGAGUACAAAGCUGAUAAACUUAUUAAAGGCCAAGAACCAAGAACUGCUGUUCCACACUGUGCAUCAGUUUCAAAUGGGGCAUGUACUAGUUGUGAUGUUGGUUAUGAACUUUCUUCUGAUUCUUCAAAUACCCAAAAAUGUACUCUUAAACAGGACAUUUGUAAAACUACAUUUUCUUACUAUGAUAACAGUAAUGCUAGUUCUCCAAAAUGUGUUUAUUGUGAAAAUGGAAAAGAAGCCAAUACACCACCAAACUCUAAUUCUGAAAAAUGUACAUGUAAAAAUGGUGUUGAUAAUUGUGAUACUUGUCUUUCUAAAGACAGUGGCACUAAAUGUGAAGAAUGUAUAAUUGGAAUGUCUACAACUAACACUGGAAGUUCAAAAGGAUGCGACAAUGCAACUACAGAUGACCAUGCAGAAAAUUGUAUCGGUCUUUUAGCUUCAACCACUUCUUCAAAGACAUGUGACAAAUGUUUUGGAAAUUAUACACUUGAAAAUGGUAAAUGUACUAAAAAGAAUGAAAAGAUUAGUAAUUGUAUUUUACAAGUAGUAAAUGAUUGUAACCAAUGUGCAGAUGGAUAUUAUAUUAAUGCUGAGAAAAAAUGUACCAAAUAUCCAGACCAUUGUUCUAAAAUGAAUGGUAAUCAAUGCUCGACCUGCAUGGAAGGCUAUUAUUUAAAAGACUCUAAAUGUAAUGUAUGUACAAUUGAUAAUCCAAACAAUCUUUCAGAAGGUAAUGAAUGUAGUAUUUAUAAUACUGAACAUUGUACAUCAUGUAAUAAAAGAUGUACUGUUUCUGGUGGAUUUUGUACUAAGAAUCAUUGUCGUUUGUUCUCUUUGACUGAAGAAAAUAAAUGUGCAAAAUGUGAUAAUGGAUAUUUCCUAACAACUGAAGGAAAAUGUUCACCAAAUUUGUACGAUGGUUUCACAACAUCAGCUAAAACAGAAUGCCAACCAGGCUAUUAUUUAGAAAAAGAUGGAGAAAAUAAGAGAUGCUCACUUUGUCCAGAUCCAUUUACUGAAUGUCUUACUUCUAAAACACCUGUUCCAGGUAAAUUAAAUAUUAAAAAUUCUCACUUAACUUCAACAAUUGGACCAUGUAAACUUCCAGGAUGUUUGUCAUGUAGUGAUGAUGAUACUAUUUGUUAUAAAUGUGAGAAUGGACUUACACUAAAAGGAACUCAUUGUUACAAUACUAUUAUUAAUGAUGUACUUGGUAUUAGUGGUAAAAAUCAUAAAGUGUGUAAAAUGAGAGGGUACAAUCAAUUUGAACAAUAUUUGAAUGCAUUUAAAGCAUCAGAUAAUACUUAUUAUUGUCCACUUACAGAUCUUUUCCUACCUUACUAUUUUAAUGUCACUAAGAACUCUAAAGAUAUGUCUAAAAUUACCAUUGGUUGUGUUGGUAAGUCUAGAGAUGUUAAGAAUGAUUGUGAAUGUGAAGCAAAAUACAUUCCAACAUCUAUAGAUAAAUCAUCAGAUUGUGUUUCAAUAGCAACUAAACUUCCAUCAUGUGAAAGAGCAGCAAAUGAAAAUAUUUGUACACAAUGUCCAGUUGGAUCACAUGUAGGAAGUGAUGGUAAAUGUUCUUGUGGUGAUGGUCAUUAUUUUGACAAAGACAAUACUUGUAAAAAGUGUCCAGAUAGCUGUUCAAGUUGUGCUCUUGAUUCAACUAAAAAUAAUGUCAUAUGUACUUCAUGUUAUGAAAAUAUUCAAGGAGUUACUACAAGGGAUAAAGACAAAAAAUGUGCAUGUGUUAGUAAUGAUUAUAAAGAAGGACCAAAUGAAGAAGAUAAGAAGAAAAGUUGUGCACAAUUAAAUAAAAACUGUAAAAAUGAAGGUAAGUAUGAGAUUAGUGAUGGAUAUGUUACAUGUCUUGAUUGUGAUAAUCCUGCUUAUAUCGUUGGUUCACAAAUUAGUGCUUGUACUCAAUGUUCUCCUAAUGCUUAUAGAAAUGGAAAUGAGUGUGUUCUUUGUUCUACUAAACAAGCUCAGUUUGGACAUUGUUCAUCUUGUUCAGCAACGGCAUGUCUUACAUGUGAAGAUAAUAAUUUGAUUCUUACUGCUAGUGGCUCAAAUGUACAAUGUACUGAGUGUAAAGAUGGAUUUUAUAAAAUUGAAAACCCAACGGAUGGAGUGUAUUGUAGUCCAUGUCCUGCAAAGUGCAAAACAUGUAAAUAUAAUACCCCAACGAAGAAAAUUGAAUGUUUGACAUGUACUGAUACAACUUCUCAAGACAUUAAAGCACCAGAAUGUGCUUGUCCAAAAGAAACAGUUCAACUUGAGAAUGGAAGAUGUAAGAGUUGUUCAGAACUUUCAAAAUAUGAAGGAUGUAAAACUACUGAUACAUGUAAUGUUGAUGCUAAAACAGGAUAUAUUUAUGCAACAGAAUGUUCAGAAAAUUUUAAUGGACGUAGUCCUUAUAGCAAUUGUACUGCAUGUACUUUGUCUAACUAUUAUCCAAAAAAUGGAGAAAAGGGAGAAGGUAAUAAAAAUAAUGGAUGUGCUAAAUGUAAUCCUGAAUGUGGGACUUGUUCAGAUCAAGACAUCUGUCUAACAUGUACUGAUUCAUUAAAAGUAGGAAGUAAGUGUGAUAGAUGUAAGACAGGAUAUUAUAUGUCUAAUGGAGAAUGUAAACCAUGUACUAAUCAUUGUAGUGAAUGUACUAGUGCUACAGAAUGUACAGUGUGUGAGAGCGAAACAUAUAAGGUAAUUAGUGGAAAAGGAUGUAAUUCAUGUGCAGAUGGAUUCUAUUUUGAUGAAAUUAAAGGAGCAUGUAUACCAUGUACAUCACCAUGCACUAAAUGUAUUGGAGUAAUGAAGGACUGUGAAGAAGGAGAAAGUGGAUGUAAUUCAGAGAAGAAGAAAGUAGUAGAACAUUGUACAAAAUGUUCAACAAAAGAUCAUAUUUCAGAAUUCCCAUUGAAUGGGGCAUGUACAUGUGCAUAUGGAUAUAUUCAAAAUAAUUCAACAAAAGAUAAUACAAUAGAAUGUGAAUCAUGUAAAGCCAAAGUUAAUGAAUUCUGUGAUUCAUGUAAUUCAAAUGAAUGUUUGAAAUGCAACGCAGAAUAUUUAGAAGUGAAAGGAGAAGAGUGUGUUUGUGUAGAAGGAUAUUACACAUCAAGUUGGGGAUCAUGUGUUCCAUGUUCAAGACAUAUGGCACAUUGUACUAAAUGUUCAGGAGAAGGAAAAUGCACAUCAUGUGAAGAAGGAUGGAAAUUAGAAGAAGGAAACUGCAAUGGAAGUAAAGGAAUUUUCAUUAUGAUGGUGAUAGUCAUGUUAUCAUUUAUGUUCUAA